AUGUCCUUCCAAGACUCGCCCAACCUCGAAGGCAAGACAGAGCGCUGCCUAUCUCCCAAUCGCUUGUCUAUUCUAACACCUUGCUANGCCCAGCCUACCACAUGGCGCCGCUCCGAUGACCCCGAAUAUCAGGAUGAUCCCGAAUUCAACUCCUUCACCACAGACCUUUCCGAUCGCUUGUUCUCUCUCACCGCAAACAUCUCGCGCUUGUCCAGCCAAGUCGCACUGCUCGGCACCAAGCGCGAGACAGAUCGCGUGCGCGAAAGAGUCCAAGAUCUUCUCGAAGAGACGUCGGCAAGCUUCAAAGACAUCGGUGAUGGUUUGAANAAGGUCCAGGCAUGGCACGACUUGGGUGUAUGUCCAAUUAUGUCCCAGCGCGUCAGCCCUCCUACUGACAAAACCACANNGCCCGCCCAAAAGUACACCCAAGGAAAGCUGAACCAGGAGUUCAAGGCUUCUUUGACCGAGUUCCAAACCCUGCAACGAACUGCCCUCGAGAAGCAACGCGCCUCUGCCACUGCUGCCCGUACAGCUCUCGAAGAGUCCGGUUCGCCAACAGUCGAGCGAUCGCAACAGCAACUACAACAACAGCAGCAACAAGAACAGCUGCGCCUGGCGGAUCAGUCUGAGGUCGACUUCCAGGAGUCUUUGAUUGUCGAGCGCGAGGCCGAGAUCCGUAAUAUUGAGCAGUCUGUGGGCGAGCUUAACGAACUGUUCAGAGAUGUCGCUCAUAUGGUCCACGACCAAGGCGGUCAACUCGACAUCAUUAGCAAUAAUGUCACGAGUACCAGAGACGACACUCAGGGUGCCGAUCGCGAGCUGCGCACCGCCAGCAGACAUCAGAAGAAUGCCAGGAACAAGAUGUGCUGUCUGCUGUUGAUCCUGGCCGUCAUCCUGACUGUUGUCAUUGUCGCUGCUGUUGCUGGUUAG